CGGAUUUCCAUCCAGGUGCGUCCUCGGCUCCAGCCCUCGUUUGACUGUCAAAGCAGGCGGCGCGGCUCCUUUUCUCCGCCCUGCGCAUCCCGCAUCCAGUCGCUAGCAGAGACGAGCGCAGGGGAGUGCCCUGCACCGCGGACAGCCGACACACAGCCGCCGCCUCCUCCUCCUCCUCCUCCUUCUGCACUGAAGCCGGACUCCUCUGCCCGAUAAACUCUACCGACUCUCAGCUCUUACUGUCGCCGUCAAAGCCCCUUCUGCAUCCUCCGUCAACCGGCUGCACACAAAUCGACCCGCGGUCCUCUCCGGUAGGCCUGACGCAGUAGCAUCAUGGAGGAGUUAGACGUUCCACAGAUGAGGAGAGAAGUGGAAAGCCUUCAGUAUCAGCUGGCAAUCAACAGGGAGAAAUCCUCCAUCACUGUUACUGAGCUGGUGAAGUGGAUCGAGGGUUGUGUUUGUGAAGAUCCAUUUCUGAACCCUGAGCUGAUGAGAGCCAACCCCUGGGUGGAGAAGGGCAAGUGUGUGAUCCUCUAAUGGUCACACAUACUCUCACACACACACACACAUAUAGACUCACAAUCACGGAUGCAUAUAAACUAAAGAAUCAUGCACUCCCACACAGUCACGCUGCACUAACUCACCCAUUCUCUCUCUCUCUCUCUCACUCACACACACACACACACACACACACAUUAUUGCUAUAAUCAUGUUUAUUUAUUAGGAGACUCCUGAAUGCUUUUAAUUUAUGUGAAGACUACUGUGUGUGUGUGUGUGAGUGUGCAGCACUGAGUAGCUUUCUAGAGGUUUGUUUUGAUGGACUGCGGAGAAAUGUUAAACCACACGUUUUUAUUGGCUCUUUACACUGUCAAAUCAAAAUAAAGACUGUUUUGAAUUUAACAGA